AUGAUUUGCCUCCCUCCGACUGGCCUUCAUCUAGGACCGAUCUUCCCGUGGCUUGUCUGGGCCAUAUGGACAGCGAGAAACUAUCUCACUUUUGAAGACAGACAGUUCACCCCUGAAGACACCGUUCUCAAAGCCCUAGUCGAAGCAAAAGAAUGGCAGAAUGCCCAAUCAACAAUCGACACCAUCAAGCUACAUCCUCGACACCAGAAAUCACACAGAAACUACGAAGAUGCUAUUACCUGUUUCACAGAUGGAGCCUGGAGUCUAGAUACAGGAAUAGCCGGAUAA